AUGGUUAGAGUCGCUAUUAACGGUUUCGGUAGAAUCGGUAGAUUAGUCUUAAGAGUUGCUUUAUCUAGAAAGAACGUUGAAGUUGUUGCUAUCAACGACCCAUUCAUUGCCAAUGACUACGCUGCUUACAUGUUCAAGUACGACUCCACCCACGGUAGAUACCCAGGUGAAGUCUCCCACGAUGACAAGAACUUGAUUGUCGACGGCCACAAGAUCGCUGUCUACCAAGAAAGAGACCCAGCUAACCUACCAUGGGGUGCUUCUAAGGUCGAUAUCGCCAUCGACUCCACUGGUGUCUUCAAGGAAUUAGACACCGCUCAAAAGCACAUUGACGCCGGUGCCAAGAAGGUCGUCAUCACCGCCCCAUCUAGCACCGCCCCAAUGUUCGUUGUAGGUGUCAACGAAGACAAAUAUGCUGGUCAAACCAUCGUCUCCAAUGCCUCCUGUACCACUAACUGUUUGGCUCCAUUAGCUAAGGUCAUCAACGACGCUUUCGGUAUCGAAGAAGGUCUAAUGACUACUGUCCACUCCUUAACUGCUACCCAAAAGACUGUCGAUGGUCCAUCCCACAAGGACUGGAGGGGUGGUAGAACCGCUUCUGGUAACAUCAUCCCAUCCUCCACCGGUGCUGCCAAGGCUGUCGGUAAGGUCUUACCAGAAUUACAAGGUAAAUUGACCGGUAUGGCUUUCAGAGUUCCAACCGUAGAUGUCUCCGUCGUCGACUUAACUGUUAAGUUAGCCAAGGAAACUACCUACGACCAAAUCAAGGCCACCGUCAAGGCUGCCGCUGAAGGUAAGUUGAAGGGUGUCUUAGGCUACACUGAAGACGCUGUUGUCUCCUCUGACUUCUUAGGUGACUCCCACUCUUCCAUCUUCGAUGCUGCUGCUGGUAUCCAAUUAUCUCCAAAAUUCGUCAAGUUGGUCUCUUGGUACGAUAACGAAUACGGUUACUCCACCAGAGUCGUUGACUUAGUUGAACACGUCGCUGCCAACUAA